GUGCCUUGAUAUGGGUUGAUAUUAGUGGUGGUCACCAUAGAUUAGGUGGGACAGCUUUGGCUCAGUGUUACAAUCAACUUGGUAAUGUUUCACCUGACUUGGAUGAACCACAACUUUUGGUCAAAGCAUUUAAUGUCACUCAGCAACUUAUCAAAGAUCGUUUACUCACAGCUGGUCAUGAUAUCAGUGAUGGUGGCCUAAUUACAUGUAUAUUAGAAAUGGCGUUUGCUGGCAAUUGUGGCAUGGAUAUCAAUUUCAAUACAAGUAAAAAUUCAGUGAGUGUCACAGAGCUGUUAUUUUCUGAAGAGCUUGGUUUGAUAAUUGAAGCACAAGAAGAGAAUGUUGAUAGUGUGAUAAAAAGUUACAAAUCACAGAAUGUACCAUGUCAUAUCAUUGGAAGUUCACAGGGUCAAGGCCAAAGUGCAAAGGUUUGUGUUUCUGUUGAUGACAAGAAAGUUCUUGAAGAAAAGACGACAGAAUUGAGACGUAUAUGGGAGGAGACAAGUUUUCGUCUUGAGAGGUUACAGUCAAAUCCACAGUGUGUGGAAGAAGAAGAAACUAAUUUUGGAAAUAGAACAGCACCACUCUAUAAAAUGAGUUUUGAUCCAUCUGUUAUGCCAGCCAUCUUGAAAAAUCUCUCUAGUAAGUAAUAUUGG